AUGCAAGAUUAUGAUGAGACAGUUAGCAACAUAUUACAUCGAAGAAAUCAACGAAAUACCAUUUAUUGGAUAUGGUCAAUAAUAAUAUCAAAUGGUUUAAUUUGGCUGUUGAUUAAUCAACUGGGAAUGUUGGCAUUUGCUGAAACAUUUUUUACAAAUUUUACUUACCUCAUACUUUAUUUGGGUUCAUCAAUUUCGGUUACAAAAUUCAGUGGAAUAAUUAUGAUGCUCAGCCAGAGACUUAAACAUUUAAAUGAGAUUGCCUUGAAAAUUUAUGAAAAUUUAGUAGCUGCUGGUGAAAGCCUUGAUGAUAUUUACACAUGGUCAUUGAUAGCUUGGCUUGGUAAUUUGAGUCUUCAUAUUGUCAGUGAUUUUUAUUUUGUCAUAUCUUGGAUUCUCAAUUCAAAUGAUUAUUUUUAUUUUAUCAUUUGUCUACUUUCUUGGUUGUCAAUUUCAAUUUGGCAAAUUUUUUUAAUCAAUUGGGCUUGUCAUUCAGCUACAUUUGAAGCAAAUCGAAUGGGUUACAUAUUGUUUGAAUGGAAACGAUGGCUUUACAAUGAACAAGGAAAUGUUGAAAAAUCAUUGAACGUCAUUAAUCGUCAGCUAAACUUUACAGCUGCUGGAUGCUUCAAUGUUAAUUUACCCUUGUUAAGAACAAUUGCUUACACAAUUGCAACUUAUCUUGUUGUCCUUUUGCAAUUUGAAUGA